GCCGCACUCAAAUCCCACCUUGGGAUCCUCCCAGAUCCAUUCCCCUCCAACCAACGCCCGAGGCCGUGCCUCCUCUUCCCUCCUCUGCUCCAUCCCGAAUGGAUCGUGAGCACCGAGCGCCUCCCAGCCUCAUCCUCCCUGAUCCAAAAAUCCUCCCUCGUUCAACACCAGCCAACCCAAAUCCAUCCCCUCCUCGAUCUACCUCCCUGCCCGAGUUCCUCACCGGGCCCGCCGCUGCAAGUUCCUCGCCGCACCGGUCCUCUGUUUCGUUGGAGCAGAGACGAGGCGACCGCUUCAGCCCCUGGCCCCGCUUGAUGUGGAUCGAUCCGAGGCAGCAGCCUCUCGCCUGAGCCUCUCCUCCGUUCCCGUCGUUGUCGGCGACGAGCCGCAGCUCGCCGGGGCGCCCAAACGCCAUCAACAAUGAAGCCAGCAGGACCCGUCUCCUUCCCCCGUGUUUCUCCUUCCUCCCGUUUCUCUCUCCCUCUUCCCUCGCCUCACGUCUCUCCCUGUUGGCUGUCUAGGGAACAACCAUGGUCGCCCGAUGGAGCUCUGUGUCAAGCCAUGUCGCUGCCGCCAUCCUAGAGCUUCUCCGCGGCCGGUGCCCGUCUUCAGUGCCCUCCUCCCCCGCCCCAGAUCAGGCCGACCUCCGCCGCCCUUGCCCGUUCCCGGUCAGAUCCCCCCGGCAGGGCCCCGUCCCCACCUCCAGUGCCCCAAGUCCCGCGCCAAGUUGCCGUCCCCUUCCUCGCCUGAAGCCGCCAUCGCCGGCCUCUGCUUCCUCUGCAACGAGCAGGAGCACGCUCAUCAGGCGCCCGCCUCCUCUAUUCCCGCUCGUGUGGGCUACGAGCCUCUCCAAGGCUCAGCGGGCUCUGCCUGCUGCUGCCUCCACCGACUGGGCCUCAGCCCAUGUUCCGGUAAUGUUGUGAUUGUGAGGAUUCGUUCGAC